AUGAAGUCUGUCGUCGCGCUUUCCGCUCUCUCCAUGCUCGCUGGUGCCGAGGCAGCUGAGACCGUACUUGGAGCUUACAUUUUCCACCGCCAUGGCGACCGUACACCAAAGGCCCUUGCUCCCACCAACCUGACUGCUCUUGGUUACGAACAGGUCUACACAUCUGGCCAGUACUACCGCUCACGUUACCUGUCCGGCGACUCCAAGAUCCACGGCAUCAACGAGGAUGAAGUCAAGCUGUCCCAGCUUCAGGUUCAAGCACCGGUCGACAAUGUCCUCCAGAACUCGGCCAUGGGUUUCCUCCAGGGACUUUACCCUCCUGUCCAGACGGUUCAGACUCUUGCCAAUGGCCAGAGCGUACAAGCGCCAAUGGAUGGCUACCAGCUCAUCCCAGUCAACACCAUCGAGACCGGCUCCGGCUCUGAGGACAAUGGCUGGCUGCAGGAUGCGUCGAGCUGCCAGAACGCAAAGACCAGCUCAAACUCCUAUUUCGACAGUGAGGCGUACAAGAGCCUUGCGUCCAGCUCCAAGAACUUCUACUCUUCCAUCGUUCCCUCAAUGAACGGCGUGGUCAGCGAUGAGCAGGUAUCUUUCAAGAACGCCUACGUCGUCUACGACACCAUCCACGUAGCCGAGAUCCACAACUCCAGCAUCCCCAACUCCGAUGCCCUGACCAACACCACCCUCACCCAGCUCCGCACCCUUGCCGACGCUCACGAGUGGGGCCUCGCCUACAACGCCAGCGACAACAUGCGCGCAGUCGCCGGCAUGCAACUCGCCGGAGAAAUUCUCGAAUACAUGAACAACAUCAUCAGCACCUCCGGCUCCAAGAAGUUCGGCAUCCAAUUCGGCGCCUACGCGACCUUCAUGUCCUUCUUCGGUCUCGCCGACUUGCAAAAGGUCAGCGACGACUUCACUGGUGUCGUCGACUACGCUAGCUCCAUGGCCUUCGAGCUCUUCACCAACGCAAAUGUUGACUCUGGUUUCCCCAACGGAGAUGACCUGCAAGUCCGCUUCCUGUUCCACAACGGCACGGCUAGCAACACCAGUGAACCCACCGUCUUCCCUCUCUUCGGCGGUAGCGAGAACGCUGUCUCGUGGACUACCUUCCAGGAUAAGCUGAAUGAAUUUGCUAUUACGACUACCGAGCAGUGGUGCACAAAGUGUGGUAACACGGCUGGCUCUUGCGCUGCGUUCGUUAAGGACAACGGCGCUACUACUGCUCAGCAGAGUGGAAAUGGCAGCAGCGAUAUGUCGCCUGCUGUUGGCGGUGUCAUUGGUGCGUUUGUUACGCUGGCUGUUAUUUUGGGCUCGCUCGCGGCGCUUAUGCUGGUUGGUGGGUUCAGGCUCGUUAGCAAGAAGGCGCUUCAGAAGGGUGUUGCGCAGAGCAGUGUUGAGCCUAAGGCUUAG